CUCUCUCUCUCUCUCUCUCUCUCUCUCUCUCUCUCUCUCUCAGCCAUGAAGUCAGUCUGGCUGGGUCCUAUCGAGAGUUCCCAGGCCCUAGCGCUGCCCAAUCCUAUUUAACGUAUACAUAAUAUCUGAUACACAAUUCCAAAGAGUACGUAGAUGACACAUGAGGGAGAGUGAUGUACUGGGGGUGAUGCGGAAGUGCUGGGAAGAGGUUCGGGCCACACUCACACAGACUUCAUAUAUGUGUUGGACUAUAGUUCGAAGCAUCAUUUAGUCAGAUCAGAUCAUCGCUGAAUCAUCCGUGCAUCUCCAUCUCCUGACAGUAUCUCGGUCGCUGAAUGGGAAGGGAGUGUGAGGUUAAGGCUGGAGUGUUCGGUUCUAAGGGGGAUGUGAGGUUGAGGCUGGAGUGUUCGGUUGUAAGGGGGAUGUGAGGUUGAGGCUGUAGUGCUCGGUUCUAAGGGGGAUGUGAGGUUGAGGCUGGAGUGUUCGGUUCUAAGGGGGAUGUGAGGUUGAGGCUGUAGUGUGAAUUUGACGCUUUUAACUCGAGUGAAAUAUCAUUUAGUACAUCCAACGACCGUCUUGGGGAGGAGGAAUUGUGUCUAACUGUGUACGAACGGUGUGAUAAUAUGUCUCGGAAACUGACAAGAGGAUAAACUAUGAAGUGUACUAAUACGUGGAAAUGACAAGGAAAAUUUAUAGCAUGUCGGCGGGGAACGUACGUAGAAAAGUGUAACGUGUUUGACAGUAUAACGUUGAAUAAGUCAGUGGAACACGAACGGGAUGAGAAGGUGAAGGUGGAGAAAUAACGUUAGAUAUGACAAGCGAACGGCAAACUACGAAUUGAGUCAUCAUAUAGUGUUUGACGGUUAUUACAUCAAUGGGAAAGAAAUGGAAGGAGGAGAAUUAGGUGUGUUCGAUGAUUUGAAGGCGAGAGAAGUAACGUUAGAUAGAGUGAGCGAUCUGAGAACUACAUAAAUAAGAAGUGCAUUGUGUUAGACGGUAACGUGUUAUAAGUCAAUAGAAAACGGAUGGAAGGAGGGGUAAUUGUGUUAAACUCUGAAGGUGAGAGACGCAACGUUAAGGAUGGCAAGCGAACGGGGAACAACGUAAGGAGAAAGUGCAUUGUGAUUGACGCUUAAUAAAUCAAAGAGAAACAAAUGGAAGGAGGCGAGGUAGGUCUGCGCUACCCCUUGGAUGCGAGAGACGUACCGUUAAGGAUGGCGAGCGAGCAUCAGGAGGAACUGAACUGCGUGAGGCGUGAGCAAGUGUCGUGGCGGCGGCGUCCAGUGUCGUGCGAGGUGGUGCUGAGCGUCAUCCACGAGGAGGAAUCGGUGACCCUGAGGCAGCAGAGGAACCACGAGCAUGAAGGCGGCAGGGAAGAGCAUCAGCAGCAUAGCGAUAGGCGGGGCCGCUCAUACAGCUGGUGCGUGAGCCGGAAGGCGGACGCGGCGGCUAUUCUGGAGGCGGGGAGAAGAGACGCGGAGCUGAGGGAGGAAGCGGAGAGGAGAGAUACACUAACUAGACAAGACAUGGGAGGAGAGACACCGGCGAGGGAAGAGGUGGAGAGAGGAGAUGCUGCACUGAGAGACGUAGAGGGAGGAGAUGCAUCAAUGGACUCUCAGAUUAACAGACGCGAAGAAAACGAAGAUGCUGCACAGGGUAACCAAGGCAGAGGCACAGCGGAGACCAAAGACAACACACAGAGUACAGAAUAUGAUACAACCCACCCCAGUAACGACCCUUCUCGACAUUCCUUCCACGAGAUAUCACCACCAUUGCACCCGGACCCGCAUCCUGACCCUCCGUACCCAGCCCUGCACGCACGCACGCCUUCCCUCACCCGCCGCUGGUCCCACAACGCCCAGGUGACGGCACAGGCGAGGGGCAGCGCAUACCCUACCCUACACACACCGCACCUCACGCCGGGCACACACAAGCGAUCGUGGCUGCGAGGACGGUCAUACUCCCUUAGCAAUAUCAGCACAGAGGACUUGGAUGCCUCACAAAACACCUCCCUGCACAACGCCACUCAUAAAAGGGGCGUCAUAAGAAUGAACUCUGUCCCUGAUUAUGCCUCAAUGCUCCCCGCGCCUGACCCUCCUCCCGCCGGCACUCCGCAGCCUAAAGUCCUCCACAAGACCAAGAGUAUGGAGCAGCUGCUGGCCAAGGGCGGGAAAUACCUCCAGCGCGCUCUGCCCUCCUUCGCCCGCCUGAGUGGGCUGAGGAGGGCCAAGUCAGACUGGAACCUUCACACGCUAGAUGACCUGCAGCAGGGCGGCGGCAGCCCCGGGCCGGCCUCGCGGCGGAACAGCAACUCCCUGCGGCACUGCGACUCCCUGGAGAACGUGUGUGACGGGCCGCCCUUCACCGAGCAGCUGGAGAAUGGACUUGGUUUGGCUUCCCAGUCCGCCGCCUCCGCCGCCAUCUCGCUGCCGCAUAUCAACCAGCUGUCAGACUAUGAGGAGGACCAAGGCACGGACGACCCCCACACCGAGACUAGCCAGGGACACGACCCACCCAAGCAGAGCAGGAACAACAAGCGGGCAGACAAAGGCAAGAAAACUAAGCUAAAGCGUCGCCGAGCUUACUACAGGACCCCCAAAGAUGGCCGCAGCAAGAGUCUCACACACAUCGACACCUUAGAGGAUUCGGGGAUGCUGCUGCAGGGGGAGGAGAUGGAGGGUCGAGAGGGCGCCACGGACAAGCUGGGCGUGCCUGACCCCCACUCCAUCAGGCGGCGGAAGCUGUCCCUCGCCACGAAGGUGUCAAGCUGCGAGUACCUGGCCCUGGUGCUGGAGGGCUAUGACGAACAGGAGGAGUUUGUGCAGGCCACGCGCGGCACAUCGCUCAGGUAUGUACAGAGUUCACACGCGUGUCUUCCUGAAGGUGGCGGCGAGGGUGAGUAUUGAGGAGGAGGAGGAGGCGGAGGAGACAACGGGGCCAAGUACCGUUGAGACACAGACAAGUUGGCCGCCAAAUCCCUCACUUGACCUCACCGACUCGACGUUCCCAAGCCUGAUACCGGCGAAGGGCCCUUGUGUGUGUGUGUGUGUGUGUGUGUGUGUGUGUGUGUGUGUGUGUGUGUAUCAGUUGAUAUGACACCCGUUGACACUGACAUAUUCUUCAAACUUUUCUAUAUCCAAUUUUUUAUUUCUAUUUUUCCCUGGUCGCGUGAAAUUCGCAUCACAGCACAACAUAUACGUUUUGUUUUGUUUUCCGUAUAAUCCGAAGCGUCUGACGGACUGACUGACUGACUGACGUUCGACACAGCCAAUAAAAAUGUGGACAGAUAUUUUGACCGGCCAACAUUUUCAUCUUUUUUUUAUCGAGGCUCUCCACAUCUAUGUCAG